AAUGACAAAUAAUAAACGUUUCCUAGUGGUUCUUGUGAUUGGAAUCCGUCUUCUGCGCCCAACGGAGGCCAAUGAAGUGUCCCUCGCAGCAGGCGACUGGGAGGAAGAAACGGACUGGGAGCACAGCGCAUGGGCGACGGCCGCACAGUUCCCGGGGUCACGCGGUCCGGAGUUUCUGCCCGACCUCAGCACCAACGUGACCGUGACGCUCCGGGGCCGUGCCGUCCUGCCGUGCAGGGUUGCCAACCUCAGGGGGAGAUCUGUUUCAUGGAUUCGUCAAAACGAUCUGCAGGUUCUUACCACUAAUGCCAUCACGUUCACCACCGACAAACGGUUCUCCGUGGAAGGCUACAAUAAAGGUGCAGCCGCCGUAUGGGAUCUUCACUUGAGUGACGUCACACAAGCGGACGAAGGAGUCUACCAAUGUCAGGUCAACACCAGGCCCAAGAUAUUCCACCCUGUCAGGCUUCACGUCGUCGAGGGUCGGGCCCACAUAGCGGGCCCACACGAAGUCUACAUCCACGCGGGGUCUCGCCUGCUGCUCACCUGCUGGCUGCUGGCGCCGCCCCAUCCUCCUCCACUUGUAUGGACGCACAACUCCACGGUCCUCAACGACACCACAACGAGAGGUGGUUUAAGUCUCUUCAUGAGCCAUGAAGGCGCCAGAGCCAGCACUCGGCUGUCCCUGCAGCGCGUCGAUGCCAGGGACGCUGGGAACUACACGUGUCAUCCACGCGACCUGCCCGCUGCCUCUGUCUCCGUCUAUGUCUUGCAUGAGAAGGAGCCCGCCGCCAUGCAUCACGACGCGAGCACCAACCUUCACCAGUCCAGUGCGCCUGUAUUGCUUCUUCUACUGCUCACCGCUCCUCUUGUCAGCAUGCAGCUCUCCUUCGUAUACCCAUUCUUGUCAGCCACGUCCCAGUUGAAGCAGUUUCUUUUACCCAAAAUAUUGAACGUUGCAAUGAUCGCAGUCUCAUUUCUUCGUUUUAUUGUGACGCCAAUGCGAUCUUGUUCCACCCGCGAACGCAAGCCGCCAAUUAAUGUAAAAUACAGCUCGUGGGUUGGCAGUACCCUAACAUGUUCUUGUCAGUUUCGGCUUUUGGCAAUAUUGAAGAGCAGGUCGACUUGGAAUACAAAUACUCGUAGCAUACGGGAGCUUAAUUGGAGCGCCGUGCCCCCGAGAAACAUUCAAGUGGAAACCAUUUUAAUUCUUGAUCGGUACCGACCUCGGCCAACUGACGGCCGUCAAUUGCCGGGAGCCUCAAAUGCAACUCGGAGAUGUGCAGCAAAACUCAAGCACCUGAGCUCGAAACGUAAUUUAAACUUUGGACUGCAAUUGCGAAUUGUCGAUGAAGCUCCAGGACUUAUUUUCAUUGUGAUUACAAUAUAAAACUAUUAUUUAAACUGUACGUGUGUUAAUUAAUUACAGGGUUCAUAUGAAAAGUCCUGCCUCAAGUAUUAAAGUGUCUCACAAAUAGCGUUGUAAAUAUUUUAAGAAGUAAUUUACUGUACUAAACCACCUAAUUUUUAGCAUAUUUUUGCAAGUUACGUGUUCACGUAUUUGUGUUAAGGUUUUAAAAUGCUCUUUAUCAAGUGCAGCAGCUGAACGAUCGGGAAUCGUGCUUUCGCAAUUUUCCAGCAAUAGGGUAUAAAUUUUUCUUGUUUAUUUCAACGACAAGAAUAGGUCUAAAGUUCAAUAAAAUCAUUAACAGAUAGAGGAUGGUUUGACUUUGUGAAGAAUUAAUAGUGGUUUGUAUCCGUAAAGCAAGGGUUUUCUGUUAACAAUUCUUGUCAAAACAAUUUUCGGCAUAUAAUGGGUUUUUAAUUUUUUUUCUGAUCGUCUGUUUAAGCAUUCCAAAC